AUGGCCGGACUUGAAUCGGUGCCUGCCUUCACCGACCGAGCAAAGCAGAUCGGCAUCAGCGAGGAUCUUCUGACCAAGCUCCUUGCUAAGAGCUUGGACACCUUCGGCAAGCUAGCUUUCGUGUGCUCGAGCAAACCUUCCAGCGGGGAUGACACUCCUCUCUUCGAAGCCCUGAAGACUUUGAUUGGGAGUGAGGUUCCAGUGGAACAACAUAUGGUGAUCAGGCGAUUGUGGUACGAGAGCCACGCCCACGCCCUGGUUGACUUGGAAUCGAGGGCUUCGAGAACAAGUGAUACAAGCCCCCGCGAGCUUCCGUUGGCAGAACGCCUAACACGCUUGAAACGCCAAAGGGGGGAGCUUAAAGGCCUCGAGAUGGAUAUCCACACAGAACCUGGACACGGCCUUGUGGACCGCGUCCAGGCCAUGCUCGAUUCUGCACAAGUGCUGCACAUCGCGCCGGAAAAGUGCAUUUCCCGCCAUGACGAAAUCUUGGGUGAGAAGACGGAGCAAAAGAUCUCUUUGGGAGCCGACGGGAACAUCAAGAUCACGAAGCAAGCCUCGAGUCUCCGUUGCGAGACUACCGGCGAGCUCAAGCUUCGCCGGUGCUUCCUGCGCCGGGCCUUAGCGUUCGAUCAAGUAGGGCUUGCCUCCUACACUGCAAUGGAGUCUUGGCACAACCGCAUGUUCCAGGCUCUGCUUGAUGUGCCUCCGGCGGGUUAUCGCUACACAACCGUUCAGCAGCUGCUCGCAGCUGACCAGAAGCUUUGGCAGGUGGUGGCCCAGGAGAGCCGAGGUGACAUCGUCGUCGGGGUCGGAGCCCCGGCUCCUCUUGAUAAGCACAUAGCCGCUGCUGCAACCAAUCAGUUUGUGGUAUCCUGCCUGACCCACCUUCCUAAGCCUGCCGAGAACCAGGCCCAACCGUGGAAGCCGAAUAAGGGACCCGACAAGGGCAAUCAGAAGGGAGAGAAGGGUAACAAGGGCAAAGGCCGCGGCAAAGGGAAGCAGAAUCACAGCCAAGGCCAGGCUGAUGCAUCCUCGCAACCGUCCCUGAAGGAGCUGCUGGAGUCGUUACCCGAGGGCUGCGUGCGGGCCAACGAUGAUGGCCGUUUCAUCUGCCCGUUUUACAACAAGGGGAUCUGCCGCUUCCAGAAACGCAAGUCGUGCCGCUUCGGAAAGCAUGUGUGCAACUUCAAAGGGCAAAUCUUAGCUCAGAGCACACCUGUUACCGCUGAGCAAGUGAUGAGGCUUUUUGAUGCCUUGCCGCAUGAGCAGUGCGACCGAGACGCCGAAGGGCGCUCCUUUUCGGCAGGGAUGUACUCUCGAGUUAAGGUGAGCCUUCGCAAAUCUUGUAGGCUUUUUCCACAGACGGUGCGAGUGGUGAACAGGUUUGUAGCCUCUUUGCUUGAAGGUGCCGUUUACACGAGUUUUGCCAUUUUUGAUCGGGUGUGCACUCGGCCACACCGAGAUUCACAGAACGCCUUUUCUCCGAACUAUGUGAUCCCCUUGACCAUUUUCCAAGGGGGAGCUAUCCGGGUAAGCGAGCCAGAUCGGACCGUGGAUUUGCAAGUAUCCCGCGGGCCGGUCAAAUUUUGUGCCAGAGAGUUCGAACAUCGCACAUUGCCAGCCACUGGGCGCCGGGUUGUCCUAGUGCUUUUUGCCUUGCAGGCCGGAGGGCGCCUCUCAGGCGCCGAUCGCCGGGUCCUGCUCGAUUUGGGUUUCCCCUUGCCUUCUGCUUCGCAUCUUGCUUCCAAAGAGGCCUGCGCCUCGCAGCAGGUUUCAGUCACGGAACAGAUGAGGCAGCUUCUCCCCUUGAAGACGCCCGCAUCGCCUUCAACACAGCCUGAGCCUAGAGCAUCUGUUCCCGCCCCCUCGGAGCUCUCCGAGACCAACUCGCCACCUUGCCAGGCACCCAGUGCCGAGCGGCCCAGUGCCGCCUCAGCUUCGUCCGGGACCUCUGAGGGCUGCAACUCCCUGUCGAAACAGGGCCCCUCUUCGGUCCCCCGUCCGCCUUUGCUUGUUGAUUGCCUCGCGCAACCGGGAUCCUUGUCGGCCGCCGCCAUGCGGGCUGGAUGGGAUGCCUUGUCCCUGGGCCACAAAGGCGGUGCCCCAGAGUCCUGCCCUCGAGUACCGCUGGACCUCUCCACUGGCGAUGAUCUGCAAGCUUUGCUCGAUUUCGACCGGAACACUUUGGUUGACUGGUGGCAUUUCAAUCUGUUCUUGAAAUCUUGCAAUCAGGGGCGUGAUUCCCGAGGUCGAUCCAGCCUUCGUGAUGCCUCUCACUUGCUAGGGCGGGAUGGCCUUCCCGCUCGUGCCGCCUCCCUGGUGCUGCGUGACAACGGCUUGGUGCAAGCCGUGGUCGACCUGCUCUUCCGAGCCUACGAAACUCGAGCCCUCGUUAGCCUGAUCGCUCCGGCUCGGAGUUGGGUCUGGAGCCUCCUCGCCCAUUUUGUCAAAAGGAGGCGGCAUUCGGGUUUUCUGCAAUGGUUCUUCGCCUUAGCUGAUCAAGAGCUUGACACUUGCAUGUUCGGUGCCCCCUUCUUGACCUCGCUGCGGGUCCGAGCUGAGUCCCUCUCCUUCCCAGGCCUCAGUCGGUGUUGUGAUAAGUCCCAUAAACAUCAACCUUGGGUUCCUCCUUCGACGGCUGGGAAUUUUAGUGAUGCCUCGCUUCCUGCUGAGUUAUGCCAGAUACUUUGUCGGUCCGCCACUGCCGCCUGCCAAGGAUUGCAGCCCCACAAGGUUGACUUCCUGCAUAGCCGGCACCUUCGAGCUCAGGUGCGAGCGGCAGCGGCCAAUCAGCCCACUUUUAUGCCUCCCUUAAUCCCUGAGUUUCGGGUUAGGGUCCCUCUGUCCCAAGUGCCGGCUGGAGCUGAUUUCAAGAUCCUCUCCCAAGGCCGCGGCUCUAGUGCGGGGGAUUGUGAUGAGCCGAAUCCUUCCAAAAGGGUCCGGACGCAUAAAGACGGUAAAGCCGGGGACUUGGCAGGUGUGUACUUUUCCAUGGAGGAGCACCUGCAUCGCGCAUGUGAGCUACCUAGCCCGGCGGAUAAUAGCACUCGUUUGCCCGAUGCCGUGCGUCGCAACAUCUUUGCCAUUCUUACGGAAGGCCCUGUGGCCGUGUCCAAGCGGCGGAUGCUUGAACUGAAAUCCUUGAAUGACCGGAUGGCGGCGCUUUCUGCGGCUGAGAAGGAGCUGCGAGCCAAGAUGCAUCCGGACGUGGAGCGAGUCACCAAAGGCAAGGCCCUAGCAUUGUUUCGCGAGCUUCUUGAGGAAACGGGCUUUCCUGACUUGGCGGUGGUGAACCUCCUUUCCGAAGGAGUGCCACUGGUCGGUCAAGAAGCCGAGUCCCCUUUGUUUGCCAAACGGCCGAAGCCUAAAGACCUUGAGCCAGAUCAGCUCAAAACCCAGGCCGCUCUGCGGAGGCGUGCAUUGCAGAAGAUGAAAGGGCUUACUUCAGAGCAGGAUUACAAGGCGAUGAAGGCUGAGACUUCCGAGGAGCUGGCAGCGGGCUUCCUCACGGGUCCAUAUCACACGGAGCAGGAAGUCAGCGACAUCUUGAAGACCGACGCUUGGUCGCUUUCCCCCCGUUUCCUUUUGAGGCAGGGUGAAGACGCCAAGAUAAGGAUAAUCGAUGAUUUUAAGAUGUCCGCGGUCAACAAGGCUUUCGGCUCCUCUUCUUUCCUAGAGCUUCAGGAUACGGAUUACGCGGUCGGCCUCCUGAGGUUUCUUUCCCGCGUGCUGCAAGAUCGCUCCAAGGUCCGGGUCCCCCUGUCUGAUGGCACCUUGCUUGAGGGGGACUGGGAUCCUGAGAUGCUCCGCCAGCCCGCUCUGCUUGGUAAGACACUUGACUUGAGCAAGGCCUACCGCCAGGUGAGCAUCCACCCUUCCACGAGGGAGCAUGCUGUCCUUGGCUUCCCUAACCCACAGGGCAAGUGGGAGUUUUACAUAGCCCAGAGCCUGCCUUUUGGUGCUGCUGCCAGCGUGUAUGGGUUCAAUAAAGUAGCACUUGCGAUCCUUCAUAUCAUGGUUGUCAAGUUCGCUGCGAUCGCGACUGACUUUUAUGACGACUACACAGUGUAUGAAUUUCGCCCAGCUGCUUUCUUGUUGGACAAAGUCCUGAUGAGGCUGCUUGACCUGCUUGGGUGGUCCUAUGCAAAGAGUGGGCGGAAAUUUGUUCCCUUUGACAACAAGGUGGUCUCCUUGGGUGUUUCUUUGGGCCUUGACGAGAUAUGGCAGGGCACUCUCAAGGUUGAGAACAAGGCUGGACGACUUGAGAAAAUUGCCGCACUCCUUCGUGCGGUAGCCCAGGGAGGAGCUGUGACGAGAAGUGAUGUGGCUUCGCUUCAUGGCUUGAUUAACUUCGCCGGGGGUCUGAUUAUGGGCUUCGAGCUUAAGCCAACUUCCCGGAUGCUGACACGGGCUUUGUCAGGGCCCUUCCUGGGCAACACGCCUGAGCUUCGGCAAGCUUGUGAGCUUGCUCUGGAUGUCAUCGCGCAGUGCAGGCCGAAGCGCUGCCCGGCCACGAUUCUGCCACCUGUAGUGCUCUACACGGAUGGGGCCUUCGAGAAAGGGCGAGGCACCUGGGGAGCGACUCUUGUUGAUGCUUACACGAGCUCCCGAUGGGUUUUCGGGGGAGAAGUUUGCAAACCGCUGAUGGAUCACUGGGGCAGGGAGGCUGGCGCCCAAGUGAUUUGCCAGGUUGAAGCCUACGCUCUGGCGAUUACCUUGUUCGGGAUCCGCGGCCUCCUCAAAGGUCGCUCGGUCCUAGCUUGGAUCGACAACAAUGCAUGCCUUUAUGGAUUCGUGAAGCGAUACUCGCCUUCGGCUUCGCUGAUGCGCCUCAUCUCACUGGGGGCCUUGAUGGAGAGCUCCAUGGAGGCGCUUAUGUGGUUUGAGCGGGUUCCCUCAAAGAGUAACCCGGCGGACCUUCCGUCGCGGGGACUGUUUGCCCAGGCCUGUGAUCGGUUUCAAGCCAUAAACAAGGGGGACGUGGCAGCCACCGACACGAUGUUGGACUUCAUUCGUGCUCCCAAUUACGAGCCGAAGCUAGCCCAGGCGAUUCUUUCGUCGGCUAGGCUGGAAGCCGAUUGGGCUGCGGAAGCUAUGCAGUGA